AUGGAUGACUCGAUGGAGGCGCUACUGGCUUUCUUGGGUUUGGAACCAAAGAACGACAGACGCUUGCUUUUGGUACCACUGGUGAUAGAGGAAUCACCGUCCCCACCUUCGAUCGACGUCUCAGACGCGAGUGAAUGGAUCGAUCGAGAACGGCCGAUCGAGCUCUCGGAUGUCGAACUGAUCGAAGGCGAGGAAGACGGGGCUCGCAUGAGGCUGCGAGAGGAACCGACCGAAUCGGCCGUUAGCGUGGGGGCGCCGAGUUGCGAGUUCGUCUUCUUGCGACCGAAGCCGAAGAUGCCGCUGCUGCGUUUCGAAAUGGAGCCCGUGGACGAGUUGAUCGAACCGGUCGAGAAGCGCAGAGAAGGCGAAAUGUUGGACGUCGCCGAUGAGCUGGACAUCAUCGAUGCGGAGCGAGCGAUCCCCGGUGGGGCCAAGCCUGGCGGAGAGCGAUAUCUCGACUUGGCCUCGGGGUUGCGAUCGUCUUGGUACAUCGGUGCAAUGAGGUCGACGAUCUCAUCGAAGUCGUCGUAUUCACGUUCGGUGCCUUCGUCGUCGUCCUCCUCGAUCGCAUCGUGUCGAACAUCACGUGGAGAGCUUGCUGAGCUGACUCUCCUCUCCUUACGUGCACGAGUCGGGAACGUCAUGCGUGGUGGAGGGGGACUGCUGACGUCGGAAGCGGAGUCGGUCGAGUCAUCUUCGCUGGCGCCAUCGCCGGCCGUGGCGUUGUGCAAUGCGUUGGCUGCAUCGUAA